AAGCAGCAGAAACUCACCCACCUCCACUUCUACUUCCAGGACAUACUCUCCAGGAAAAACCCCACCGCCGUCCGGAUCGCACAAGCACGAAUCACCAAUACCUCCUCCACCUCCUUCGGCGCCCUGGCUAUGGUUGACGACCCUUUGACCUUUUCGCCCGACAUCAACUCCACCCUGGUAGGAAGAGCUCAAGGGCUUUAUGCGUUUUCAUCCCAGGAGGAAUCAUCGUUAAUGAUGGCGAUGACCUUUUCGUUCUUGGAGGGGAAAUAUAAUGGGAGUGCGCUCAGCCUGUUGGGGCGGAACCCGCCGUUUAACACCGUGAGGGAGAUGCCGAUUGUCGGCGGCAGCGGGCUUUUCCGGUUUGCUCGAGGGUAUGCUCAGGCGAGGACUAAUACCUUUAAUCUCACUACCGGGGAUACUUGCGUUGAAUAUAAUGUUUAUGUUCUCCAUUACUGAUUAAUUUAUUUGAUCGUCAGAUUGUUGCUUUGGUCCGGUCAGUUCUGUGUUUUUAUGCCUUAUUUACCUUUUUCUUUUUCUUUUUUUCUUUGAUGGAGCCUGAUUCACUUUGUUUAAUAUAUAUUAAGAUUGUCC